CAAUGACGAAGAAAAUUUAUUAAUGGAGAAUAAUAAUAAUACUGCUAUCAUAUAACACAAGCAAGGAAAAAACGUGUAUAUGAUUUAUUACAUCCUAAUCAAUCUCAUCAUCAACAAGCUGAUUAUGUUUUACUUAUGAUGUUGAUCCAAGAAAUUGAAGAUAAUGCAUUAAAACAAUUAUUAAUGAAUAUUAUCGGGAAUUCCAUGAAAUUUACGAAGAAAGGAUAUGUCUUAAUUUCAUUAGCAUCAUUAUCGUAUUCAUUAUUAAGUGAUCAAUAUAAGAAACAUGCUGGAGUACAAGAUACAACAACAACGGAUACAUCAUCAUCAAAUAAUAUUCACGCGUUAAUAACAAUAACUGAUAAGGAUGUAGUAUAUCACCAUCAUUUUUAUCAACAAAUAUGUUUCAACUAUUUUCUCAAGAAAAUUCUUUACAAGUUGGUACAGGAUUAGGAUUAUCUAUCGUAAAAAUUAUUAGUAGAAAAAAUGUGAGGUAAAUUAGAUGUUGAAAGUGAAUACAAAAUUUAA